CGAAGCCAAACAAACAUGGCGCCUUCUCGCAAUCUCACAGAAAAAACGGAAAAUGACGAAGAUGGAGCAAUGGAAUCGUCUGACAAUUCGGACUCAGAGAGUAGCUCUGGCUCCAGUAGUUCAAGCAGCAGCCGUGCCAGUAGCCGUGCUGACAGCAGGUCACCUGCCAGUGCCCCACGGAGUCGAACUCCUUCACCCACUGGAAGCAACAAGAGUGGGUCAGUAGGAGGGAUUCGCAGCCCAGCAGGAAGCAGAGGAAGUGGCUCACCCGCCAGCCCAAGAAGCAGAGGCAGCGGGUCGCCCCCAGCGAGUCCUCGAAGCAGGAGUGGAUCACCUCGGAGCAGAGGCAGCCAGUCUCCCCAGAGCAGAGGAAGUCGGUCUCCACCAGGAUCUCCACAGAGCAGAGCCAGUAGGUCCCCCCGUAGUCGAGGGAGUGGAUCCCCGGCCAGCCCACAGAGCAGGGGCAGUGGCCAGCCCCAGGGCAGUCCACGCAGCAGAAGCCGGUCUCCUGCCAGUCAGAAGAGCAGGUCAGCAACUCCAGUAAAGAGUAGGUCUAUGACACCUCAUAGCAGGUCAGUCACACCUCAGAGAAGCAGGUCUGGCACACCGCAGAGGAGCAGGUCAGUUACUCCCCAGAGGAGCAGGUCGGUUACUCCUCAGCGGAGCAGGUCAAGGACACCCCAAAGGAGCAGGUCAAGGACACCCCAGAGGAGCAGGUCAAGAACACCCCAGAGGAGCAGGUCAGGGACACCCCAGAGGAGCAGGUCUGGGUCCCGUGCAAGCAGGACCCCUGUCAGGUCUCCAUCCCCAGAGGGUUCUAGAAGGGGCAGCCGGUCACCAGCUCAGUCGGGGGGGAGGGGCAGCAGAAGUCCAGCUGGGAGUGUGACCCCAGUUAGGUCAAGGAGCAGGAGCCGGUCCCCAGUGAGGUCCAGGUCGAGCCGCUCCCCAGCCCGAUCCAAGAGCAGGAGCAGGACCCCUAUGUCCAGGGCUGGCAGCAGGUCUUCAAGAAGGUCAAAGAGUGGCAGCCGUUCCCCAGUGAGCAAGGCAGGCAGCGAGAGUGGCAAAAGGAAGUCGGCCUCCAGAUCGAGGUCACGCUCGCCUCGUCUUAGUGAUGAAGAAGGGAGGAAAGAUAAUGCUGAAAAAGGCUCAGAUGAUGAUAGUGAUGUUGAAAUUGGAAGGAAGAGGAAGCGUGCCCUCAUGAGUGAUGACGAGUCAGGAGAUGAAGCCAAGAAGAGGAAGUCAGAUGACGACGAAGACCUGGGUGCUGAGGACUUGUUUGGAGAUGCAGAUGACAUCAGUGAGGAUGAGGAGGAACGCAAGAAAGAUGACAGGCGUUCGCGCUCCCGUUCUCGAUCCCGUUCCAGGUCAAGGUCACGCUCAAGGUCCAGGUCCAGGUCACGCUCCAGGACUCCUGGUUCACCGAGGCUCAUUGUGCCAGAUGAUGAGGAGAAGGAAGAUGAAGGGCCUCCACCAGAGACGAGAAUUGAGGCCGAGAUCCCCAAGAUCAACACCAACCUUGGACGCGACAUCCACUUUGUAAAGCUGCCCAACUUCUUGUCAGUGGAGACAAGACCUUUCGACCCAGACCUUUACGAGGAUGAGAUUGAUGAUGAGGAGACACUUGAUGAGGAGGGCAGGGCAAGGCUCAAGCUAAAGGUGGAGAACACUAUCCGAUGGAGGACGGUCUUUGACAAGGAGGGCAACGCAGUCAAGGAGAGCAAUGCCAAACUUGUCAGAUGGUCGGACGGCUCCAUGUCCCUUCAUCUCGGGGCUGAGGUCUUUGAUGUGUAUAAGCAGCCUCUGCAGGGCGACCACAACCACUUGUUCAUCCGCCAGGGCACUGGUCUGCAGGGCCAGGCUGUGUUCCGCACAAAGCUCACCUUCCGACCGCACUCCACUGAGUCCUUCACUCAUCGUAAGCUCACACUAUCCCUGGCUGACAGGACACAGAAGACUGUGGGUGUCAAAGUGCUGUCCACUGUAUUCCGUGACCCUGAGAGCAGUCACAUCGAGAGCAUAAGGAGGGAUGAGGACAGACUCAAGGCUUCCAUGAGGAGAGAGAACAAGCAGCGUCGUGUGAGGGAGAAGGCAUCGAGCCGAGGCCUGACGGCAAACUACCUGGAGCCCGAUGCUUAUGAGGAAGAUGAUGAAGGGGCCAUCUCUCUGGCUGCCAUCAAGAACAAGUUCAAGAACAAGCAGAAUGACCGUGCCCCUAUCUAUUCCUCGGAUGAGGAGGAGUCAGACAUUGAGACAGACAAGGCCAAGCGCCUGGAGCGGGCCAAGCAUACCAUCAAAGACUCAGAUGAGGAAUCGGGCAGUGGCAGCGAGAGUGGCAGCGAGAGUGGCAGUGACCGAGCCCGCAGCAGGCAGAGCACACGUAAGAGCUCCAGCCGUAGCAGGAGCAGGAGCAGGAGCAAGAGUGGGAGCAGGAGUGGGAGUGGCAGCAGGAGUAGGAGCCGCAGCAGGAGUGGGAGCAGAAGUAAGAGCAGGAGCAGAGUCAAGAGCAGGAGCAAGAGCAGGAGCAAGAGCAGGAGCAAGAGCAGAAGUAGGAGCAAGAGCAAGAGCAGAAGUAGGAGCAGAAGCAGGAGCAGCAGUAGGGGCAGCAGGAGUGGGAGUGAAAGUGCCAGGUCUUCGGGCAAGUCAGGCUCGGGUUCAGAUAGUGAUUAGGAACCACGUAUAUGUAUUUCUUUUCUGUUAAUCCUAGGGUCUUUUUUUAUAUCUUAAUUGAACUGAAAUAUACAUUUCUUUUUCAUGGUUAUUGUUCAUUUAUAUUGAUAUCCAGAAAGGUAUGAUUGUGAAUAAAGUUUUUACCUCAUUAUUUUUUCCUUAAUUGAAGGCUGAAACAGCUGUAAAUACUUAAUAAGUCAAUGAUAGUAAUUAGUACAUAUUGCUAUUAUAUUUAUAUUUUCUUGUUUAUCAUAACCCAUUAUCCUCCCUUGAUGUUAGAAAUACAAUUGUCGAUAUCUUGAAAAUAUUUUUGAUAACGCUAUUGUGGAUAGUUACAGCAAACGAUGGAGGGAAAUGGACAAGUAUGGUAAUUUUCUGUUUGUUAAAUUAUAGGUGUUUGUGUUUACUAGAAUGUGAAAAUAUUUAGAGGAACUGACUAUACUCAUCUAGUUAGAAAAGACCUGUUCAUCGGGGAUUGUCAGUUUUGUGUACAAUUUCCUAAUUCAGUCAAAAUGAAGUCUGUAAAUAGGAAUGUUAUUCAGUACUAGCGUGAUAUUUUUUUUCUUCGACAGGGAAGAACAGUAAUGUCUGGUGAUAAGGAAAGAUUCAGUGUCUGUACAUAUUAUUGUAUAUAUUGAAGGAGCUUUAUUUAAUUAUUUUUUUGAUUAUUAUUAUUUUUAUUAUUAUUUUUUUCUUUUUUAAUUUUUUAUCUUUUAUUUUUUGCCAUUUUAAUUUGCAAAUUACAAGCUGCAUUUUUCCCACGUGUUUUGUAUUUGCGUAAGAGAAGAACCUGAAUCGUCUUCUGUUGUCUUAAGAACAAGCCGUGAUAGUUUCUCAGUAAGAUUGGAUAUGAUUAAAUACUUUGGAAAAUUAAUUCCUCUAAGCUGAAUUUUUUGAUGGUGAAUAUGGAAAGAUUUCAACUUUUAAGGAACUCGGUGGAAAAGAAAUUAAGGAUUUAUUAAGUAUUAAAUGCUUUUGAUCAUAAUGGUCAUUAUUUCCAUUUACAUAGCAACUGUGAGAGAAGUAAAAAAAAAAUUGUAUUUUCUUUUGAUUGUAAAAAAUAAGUUCAUAUUGUGUAAUAUUCAAGCCAAGAUAUAUUAAAAAAUAUAUACAUGUAU